UCGAAAGUUAACGGGGAAUGCAUGAAAAAUAUUCUUCCAAAGACAAAAUUGGUCAAGAACAAACAAAGAUGGGAAAACCAGAAAUCUCUUUAAGAGUGUUAAAUCUUUCCGAUGUUGACGACUUUAUGAUAUGGGCGACAGAUGAUCGGGUCUCACAUUUCUGUCGAUGGGAUACUUACACAUCUAAAGAAGAUGCUCUAGAUUUUAUAAGAAACAUUGUAAUACCUCAUCCAUGGUUUAAAGCAAUUUGUAUUGACAACAAACCAGUUGGCGCGAUCUCAGUUGAAGCGAAAGAAGGCGAAGAUCGAUGCAGACGCGAGAUUGGUUAUGUCAUUGCAUCGGGACAUUGGGGUAAAGGUAUUGCAACUGUAGCAGUGAAGAUGGUUAUGGAGACCAUAUUUAAAGAUUGGCAACAUUUAGAAAGACUUGAAGGUUUUGUUGAUGUUGAAAAUAAGGGUUCCCAAAAGGUCUUGGAGAAAGCUGGUUUCCAGAAAGAUGGUGUGUUUAGAAAGUACGUAAUUCUAAAGGGUGUAACUAGAGAUAUGUGUUGGUUAAACUUCAACAUAGAAGUCACUAACAAGCUGGUUAGGACAAGAUUAGGAAAUUGAUGUAAUCCUAAGGGAAUUAGAAGUCAUCU